UGUGCAGUUGGCCUUCCCGCUGCGGCAUCUCCGAAGAGAAGCUGCCUCUCCACCGGAGCACCUGUUGGGACUUAAGCAUCAUCCCUGGAUAAGGAACAGGAUCGCCAAGUUACAUAUUACUCAGCAGGAAAGGGGGGAAAAUUUAUCAUUAACUGGGCUACUCAGCCAGGAGGUAUAAGAAGAAACGGAUCAGCCCAGAUCGGGAGGCCCUGAAACUGACAGGAUGGCCACCCCAGCGGCUACCACGGUGCUGGCCCAACAGGAGUCGACCUCGCCUCACAUCGCAAUCGCAAAUGCAGCUGACAUCUCGGUCAUUGUCAUCUACUUCCUCGUUGUCCUAGUGGUUGGCCUGUGGUCCAGGCCCUGUGUCCUGUCUCGGUGCUUGUUCAUUGGCUCCUCUCUUGGGCAGGUCAUUGUCCAGCGAUGCCUCUCGGGGAAAAACAUGUCCCAUGUCAAGGCUGGCUGCAUCUUGUGCGGCUACUUGAAGUUGCUGCCCAUGUUCCUCAUGGUGAUGCCAGGCAUGAUCAGCCGCAUUCUCUACCGAGAUAGAGUGGCGUGUGUCGUUCCCUCGGUGUGCAAGAAGACUUGUGGGACAGAGGUUGGCUGUACAAACAUUGCCUAUCCAACGAUGGUGGUGGAACUCAUGCCGGAUGGGCUGCGAGGCCUGAUGCUCUCUGUGAUGCUGGCUUCACUGAUGAGCUCCCUCACUUCCAUCUUUAAUAGUGCCAGCACCCUCUUCACCAUGGACAUCUACACCAAAAUACGCUCCACCGCCAAGGAGAGGGAGCUCAUGAUCGUCGGCAGGCUGUUCAUCCUGGGCCUGAUUGGCAUCAGCAUUGCCUGGGUGCCCGUGAUCCAGUCUGCGCAGAGCGGGCAGCUCUUUGACUACAUCCAAUCCAUCACCAGCUACCUGGGCCCACCCAUUGCCGCUGUCUUCUUCCUGGCCAUCUUCUGCAAGAGAGUCAAUGAGCAGGGUGCCUUCUGGGGCCUGAUAGUGGGACUGGUAAUUGGGCUGUGUCGAAUGUUUGCAGAAUUUGCCUAUGGAACCGGCAGCUGCGCUCUGCCCAGUGAAUGUCCAGCGAUCAUCUGUAAAGUGCACUACCUCUAUUUUGCUAUCAUCCUUUUCGCUGUCUCUGUCACCAUCAUUCUGAUCGUCUCACUCCUGACCAAGCCAAUCGAUGAUGUCCACCUUUAUCGUCUUUGCUGGACUUUGCGCAACAGUAAAGAGCAACGUGUCGAUCUGGACGCAGGGGAGAUGGUGCAAGGAGUGGAGGACUAUGAGGAAGAGCCAGCCCAAGAGAAAGAGACCAACUGUUGCAAGAAAGCCUACAACUGGUUCUGCGGCUUGGAACAGACGGGCCCCAAGCUGAGCAAGGAAGAGGAGGAGGCCCUGCAGCAUAAGUUGACAGACACAACAGAGGUGCCAUUGUGGAGGCGCGUGGUCAACAUCAACGCCAUCAUCUUGCUGUCGGUGGCUGUUUUCUGCCAUGGAUUUUUUGCAUAGGUCAAGCAUUUUAUUUGAGAAUGAAGUUCUUGAUUGCUGAAUUGCACUGUGCCAUCAUAAUCUGUAAAUUGCACCUCAUCAGACUUGAAACUCAUUUGCCAGGAGAAUCACUGAACUCCUCCCGUUAACUGAACACAUGACCGACUGUGAAUGCCGUUGAUCGGGAGGGGCCGGGUGGGGUCUGCAGACUCUCCUCCAAGGGGACAAUCCUCCAAUGUUUUUAAUCCCUGUUUUUGAAUUGUGUUACCAAAGUGUGUGAGCCCGUGUGUUAGAAAUUCAGCUUUCCAGUUCUUUUUCCCUUCUUGUUUUUUUAAGUGUAUGAUUUGCACAGGAAAAGUGUGUAAGUUCAGCUGCCCUCAGUAGGCUGACUUUAAUAUUGUUUUGGAGGCAGAGUCUUCUAAUCUUUCCCCUCUUUAAUUUAAAACUCGUGCACAACUGUUUCUACCUGUAUUAACUUUGGAACUGGAACUAAUUGAAAUGGAUUAGUUCAGUUAAAAUCAGCUUGAAGUGGUUGGAAGGUGGUUUGAAACACUUUCCCUGGGACCAGGCGUACUGAUGUUAUUAUCAUCCUUUGUAAUCUGGAUUUACCGUGUCACUGUAAAAAUAU